AUGUCGACAGCUCCGGACCCCAAGAUUCAAGAUCUGCUUAACAAGCCGAAGAACGAGCUCACCGAAUAUGAGGUUGCCCUCGUUGAGGAGCACGAGCUCACCGCCGGCCCCCUCUCUCUCCUGCAGACCGCCACCCGCACACACACUCAGGUCCUGAUCUCCUGCCGCAACAACCGCAAGCUUCUGGCCCGUGUCAAGGCCUUUGACCGACACUGCAACAUGGUUCUCGAGAACGUGAAGGAGAUGUGGACUGAGAAGCCCAAGGGUAGCAAGAGCAAGGGUGUGAACAAGGAUCGUUUCGUCAGCAAGAUGUUUCUGCGUGGUGACUCCGUCAUCCUCGUUCUGCUCAGCUGA